AUUUACUCUUUGGUUGAACUUCAACCAUACAGUGUGUACUUAUGUGCUUGUACCUGUUCUGCUGGUACCCUAAACCUUCAAGGAGCUACAGUUAUGGCAGAUAUCAGCAAAACUGAGAAGGUUCAGCUGCACGCCCCAGAUUUAGAAGAGCUGCGUGGUGUAUUACAGGCAGGGCUGCAGGCCAACUUUGCUGAAGUUCAAGUGAGUGUUGUGGAAUGCCCAGAUCUCACCAAAGAGCCCUUCCACUUUCCUGUCAAAGGUCUGUGUGGAAAGCCUCGCAUCACUGAUGUUGGCGGUGUGCCGUACCUGGUCCCCUUGGUUCAGAAACACAAGGAAUACAACAUGAACACCGUAUCAAAGGAGCUGGAGCUGCCAGGAGCCUUCAUCCUCGGUGCAGCAGCCGCUCCCUGCAGGAUAGUGGGAAUGAAUGCAGAGCUGAUGCCUCUGGUUCUGACCGAAGCGGAGGGAAGGCCCGCUGUGAACAGCAGCUACUUCGCCUCCAUCAACCCAGCCGACGGCCAGUGUCUGCAAGAAAAAUACAGCAGCAAAUUCUCUGACUGCAACUUCGGUCUGCUGGGCAAUCUGUACGCUUGUGAAGGGAAGUCCGGAAAGGUCCUAGAGGUGCGGGCCAAGAAGAGAACAGGCAGCCACAGUCUUGUGACGGCGUUGAGGAACACUCUUGAAGGUCACUACCCCGAUAAAAGCCUGGCUCUGGGAGGCACCUUCAUCAUCCAGAAGGGGAAAGCUAAAAUCCACAUCAUGCCGAGAGAGUUCUCGGCGUGUCCCCUCAACAGCAACGACGAGGUCAACAGCUGGCUCAAGCACUUUGAGGUCAGCGCCCCGCUCAUCUGCCAGUCAGUGCUGGUGUCCAGAGACCCUGGUUUGGACCUGCGCGUGGAGCACACCCACUGCUUCAGCCACCACGGAGAAGGUGGCCACUACUACAUAGACACCACCCCCGACAGUGUGGAGUACCUGGGCUACUUCAUGCCCGCAGAGUUUGUCUACCGCAUCGACAGGCCCAAAGAGACCCAUGCAGUUGGACGAGAUUGAAAGAUGACUGAAUGAAUGAAUCAUGUUUGCAGCACAGCAUCUUUUAUAAUCAAGUAGUGUGUGAUUAUAUUAGGUUAUACUGUAUGUGUCCUAAAACUGCACAGAAACUUACAUUUUCCAACGAAAAAUGCAACAUUUCUGUAAAUAGUUACUCUUAAAUCACAUCUCUAAAAAUUCUUAUGCAUUUCUUAUAAACUAAAUCACUACAUCUCAUGUAAUAAAACAUUUUUAAUUUGGA